AUGAGCGAGCAACGUGCCCUUGCAGCACAGGCAGCCAACAGCACCUUGGGCUAUAUUAGGAGGAGUGUUGCCAGCAGGUUGAGGCAGGUGAUCCUGCCCCUCCACUCGGUACUAAUUGGUACUGAUGUUGCUUGGCCAUGUGCUGCUUUCAUCUUUCAGGUUACAUCUUUUCAAGGAGCGGCUGUUCGCAGCCUCUGCACAUCCUCCCCUCAUGACCACCCAGAACAUGGAAGAUUAGUUUAUAAAGGCAAUUUGGCAAAGGCAGUGUUAGGUGUGAAGUUUUUCUCUUACUCCACCAGCAUAUUCAACUUGUUCAUGAUGCCCUACAUCAUGCUCAAAACUGGGAUUGGAUUUGAAAGCCUGUUUAUACAAGCUGCCUUUUAUGGGUUGAUCGGGUUUUUUACAUUUGUAACGCCGGUUACGUUGCAUGUCCUUACAAAAGGCUAUGUGAUUCGACUAUAUUAUAAAGAUGAAAUGGACACAUAUACAGCCAUUACAUACAAUGCAAUCUUGGCAGAAAAAGCAACUGUUUUCCAUCAGAAAGAUGUAAAGAUUCCAGACAUCACCAAGAUGUUUACAACAUUUUACGCUAAAACGAAAUCAAUGCUUGUUAAUCCGAUGCUUUUCCCGAAUCCUCAGGAUUAUAACCAUCUCAUGGGCUAUGACAAAUCCAUUUAUUUUAACUUGGAGGAGGAGAAGGAAGCUGAUGAAAAGAAAUAAUUUGAAGAUAAUGAAUGUCACUAUCAUUGUUCGUGGUGCAGUGCUAUAUAUGUGAAAGAAUGUAAAAUUCUCUUACACUUUCUUAAGUAUCAGAUUGCUAGAGUUCCACAAAUGCAUUUUGGAAUGUAUAAAAACCCCAUUUUUUAAAACUUGUAAACAAUGCGACGGUUUCUUCAAAGUUAAUGACACAAAACAUAGUAAAAAAAAAAAAAAUGCUUAGAUCUGUCUUGUGCUUGUUCUUGGCUUGGUUUUUAUUGUUAACUAUCCAGGAGAACUGUAAAAUGCACGGGCUCUGUGGCAGUCUCACCAUCUCCAUUUCAGAAGGAACCAUUCAUAGAAAAAAAAGUCAUCAAUACUCAUCACCUGUCCAGUACAUAGUUAAGCUUUUAAGCCUUAAAGAUUAAUUGUACUUAAUCCAAAAGGGUCGGGCUUUUUUGUCAAUGCUGCUGGUGGUAUAAAGGGAGUGGAGAUGGCUUUGACUUCCCCUUCUGAGAGCACUGGAAGCCAGGAGUAGUCUACAGAAAGCAGGCAGGUGGUGUUGCUUGUUGGUGUUACAGCCACCUCCUAGAGGCCUGCAGGCCUCUGGAGAAGACGGGGAGAAUGGCUGCGUCGCAGUCAUCUCUAGAUACAGCUACGAAAUUGUUUCCUAAGCUAGAGUCCCACUCCAAGCCACCCUGUCCCCAGAGGUGGAGAACAAGAAGCCUUUCAUGCUGGGCGGGGGAAAACACCUUAGCUUAAGAUUUGCUCUGUGAAUAUCCUGUUGGGAAUGUGCUGUAUUUGAGUGGACUUAGGGAAAACACUAGCAGCAAGCGGUUAAAAUGGACUCUGUCAGCUUUUAUGUAAGGUAGGGAAGCAAAAGGGAAUCUCCUGCUGAGUACUGUUCAGAUCUUGUGCCUUUAGAAAACAUACCUCUUGAUUUUUAGCACUGCAAAGAAAGCCACCUUUAGCUCAAGUAAAAAGACGAUUAGAUCUUUUCAUGUGACUAGACUGGUUAGUACUGCACUCUGAGUAUGCAGAAAUUGGAUUUAAAUGUUUUCAGCCCAAGGAGAGGUUUGUCACGUAACUGACAGACACUUGUUUUCAAAUCAUGAAGGGCCUAAAUAUUUUGAGGCUUAAAAAUUACUGAAUUAAAAAAAAGCAAAAUUCAAAUUAAUCCUUUUGUAUUAGCAGUGCCCUCUGUAAUAAGUAAAUCUCAUGCUUGCUACUAAGUCAUCCUGAUAAUGCAAAUAAAGAAUUUUGUCUUCAUAUAAUUAUUUUAUUUUUUCUUUAUAUAAUUAUAGCUACCUUUAGAGAUGCUUUCUAAGUUCUAGCUGAAAAAAUGUAUUUAAAAGUCUACAGGUGUUCCAAGACACUUAUUUCAGCUUCCUGUCAUAGGACGACACUGUAGGUCGUAUUAAGCAUCAGUGUUUUUCUGACUGUUGAAACUGCUCUUGCUGAGUAAUUGAAAAGCAAAUUAUCCUGUGCAGAUGUUUUUGAGGCAAUUCUUUUGUGUUGGCACAGCUAUAAUU